AUGCUUCACUUGUUCCUGGCGGCGCUAAGCUCGAGACGUGUCGUUCGAGCCCGAGUGCAGCGAUCGUCGUCUUCACGCUGCAGCCAUAGCCGCCCGAGGCCAAGCGCAAGCGCAAGCGCCCACUCCCAAUCCCAUUGCCACAGUGAUUCCUACUGCUCGUGUCGCUCGCACUCGCACUCGCACUUGCACUUGCACGCAGGUCCGCAGGCGCAGGCGCAGGCGCAGGAACAAGGGCAGGGUUCGCGUCCGGGUCAGGGUCAGGGUCAGGGCACUAUUCAUGGCGCCUUGGAUCGGGCCUACAUCUCCACUAUUUUCACCACUUCCACUUCAGAUUUCACCUCUCGCCCAGCUCGCACAUCAACUUCAUCUCCAAGCAGCAGCGCUGCAAACCAAUGUCUUUCCCAUCAACCCAGUGCAUUGCUCAAAAUCAUAAUCAUCAUGGAAGAUGCCAGACGCUCCUUUUCCUCCGCCUCCUCGCCCUCCUCUCCUGCGUCCUCAUCCUCUUGCUUCUCCCUUCAACAACCUGAGACGCGAGAGGAUUCAACUUUAUCUGCCCCCCCCUUGGAUCCCGUUCAUCCUCUCAAAAUAGCUGAUACAGACCACGCCCGUAGCGGGAGCCACUUUACGAACUCUUCGCUAGCCAUCCGAUCUCGUGCAGAGACUCUUGCUUCCAAUACGUCGUCCUCGUCCUUGUCGUCACCGGUGAGGAGAAAGCCGUUGCCCGCGACAGCUUCGCCCUUGGUUUCGAGGUUCUCAACUCCAGAAUAUCUCACGGCGAAGCUGUAUCGACCAAACCAACCGUUCGUCAGACCCUUCUCGGUGGACAGCCCAACCCUCCACGAGUUUCCUCCAACGCCCGGUCUUCCGUAUAUCCCGGCAGAGCUUACGCAGCAGAAGUAUAUAGUCUCUACUGCAUUAUCAAACGAACCAGUGGCUUUGACGGCGGCUACAGCUACACCUCCUGACACUGGUACCGACACAUCGUUGCCCAAUCACCAAACGAACCCGGAAGAGCAUAUCCCCAUCCCGAACCUUCUCGUCCCAUCGCCACCGCCAGCAUCAGACUAUUCGUCAGAGCAUGUGAGGUUGACCAGCGAAGCAUCCGCGUCAGAAGCAAGCACCAGCGGCCCAUGGAACAGCGACUCUAGCUCCGCAUCAUACGCCGACUCCUCCAUGUUUUCCAGGAAACCCACUCCACAAGAUGAAGCUAACGUUACCACCUCUCGCGGGUACUCGACCGAAUCCGACGACUCCAGCGCAACUCCACAGAAACCACUAUCGUCGCCAGGCGCAUCCAAGCUCGGAAGCUUCUUCGGUUGGAGAGCAGGUAACAAUCCAUCCCCAGGAACCGAAAAGGCUUUGGCAAAUCGUACUCCUCCCGCCACCGACAACUCUAAGGCACCGGCCAGAAAUAUCCCCGGAGCCAUCGAUGUCCCCAAGGCCAAUUCUGGGGUUGGGGGUUACUUUGGAAGCCCAUAUCUACAACCCCCUCCGACAACGCCAGCAACACCAAUCCCAGUCGCAGAGAUGGAGAAAGAACUGAAGGAGAUCAGCUCCGAGCUGGCGUCCUCGAUACGUCGAGAGAUGGACCUGGAGGAUCUCGUCGAGCGGUUACAAUCAGAAGCACUCAACCCGUCCCCGACCACGGGGAAGCGAACCAGCGACUAUUUCUCGGACUCGGGUACUAGCUCCGUCAGAUACGGGGACCAGGACUCCAAGCAGGAUGAGCUAGACCGGAUGCUCCGCAAAGCCGAACAGGAGAAAGCUUUGAUGAGCUUGGAACUAACCACCAAGGUGCAAGAUGAGAGGGACAGACGCAAACAUCUGGAGGUGCAGAUUCGAGAGUUAGAAGAGAGGGCGUCACAGGUUGACCUUAGUUCCAUGAACUCCAUGGACGCCAGUGGCCGAUUGAGGGACCUCGAAGCCACGUGCGAAGAUCUGCGCCGUCGACUGGCUGAAGAGAGACAGCUCAAGGAUAAUUUUGAGGACCUCCUCGUGGCGCUGAAGGGUGAGCUUCAAAGCUCACACAACGAGCGAGACAAUCUGCGAGAUGAAAUCGUUCCUGGGCUCCGAGCUCGAGUGGAAGGUCUGGAAGCCCAAGCUGCCGAGCAUGAAAGGCUCACUUACGAGCAGUCGAAGAUGCAACAGGAGCUGCAAAGCCUCAAGAACGAGAAUCUCACCCUGAUUAAUGCGCAGAGACUGCAGAUGGAGAUGCAACAGCAGAUGACGAGGUUUAACGCGAUAUCCGAGGAAGCCACGCCUUCCACCCCAUCCUCCGGGCUGUUCCGGUCAAACUCAGUCGCUCAGGCGACAGGUCUCUCCAAGAGCAGACCAGCGUCUCUGAGAAGGUCGACUUCCGUCAAGAACACCGAAUCGAGAGACUCACUGGUUGAGCGGGUGAAAGAUGUUGAACUCCAACGUGAUGCCUUGCACAAAGCACUCCAGAGCCUCCUCGAACGUCAAGAGCACCAAAACCGCGAGCACCAGAAGAAGAUCCGACAAUUGGAAUUGGAGAGGGAUCGGGCCUUGUCAAGCUCUCCGCGACGAAUGGGAUACGAUAAGGAGGUUGCACAUCUCCGGCAAGAGAUCAACAGUCUGCGCCGCCGUGCAGACGAUGCUAUCGAGCAGAAAUGGCAAUGCGAAAAGGGGUUGAGUGGAUUGAAGAUGGACCUCGACCGCGCGGAGCAGGAAAUCGGCUCUCUGAAAACCCUGCUUGGAGAGAGCGAUAUCCUUGUUCCCACCGGACCACGGGAGAGGGGUGCCUCCGGGACCGUUUCGUCCGAGGCGCUCGAGCGAUCGUACAAGGAGUUACAAAAGGCAUACCGCGAGUCCCUGGAUCGAGUCAAGAAUCUCGAGGCUCCUGGUUCGCGGGACAAGGAGACGGAACGGGCGAUGAGCGAACUCGAGCAAAGUCUUGCAGAUGCCAUGUCUGAGCGGGACUUUGCCCGGCGCGAAGCUGAAUCUCUUCGAGGGCAGUCGGAAUCCUUGCGCGAAGGGGAGAUGUUCCACAUGGGUAAUGAAGCUGCGCUUGCAGAAGAGCUCCGUGGCUCAGCAAAGCGGGUUGAGGAGCUGGCAAUUCAAGUCCGUCAGCAACUGGCUGCGAACGCGGCUUUGCGCCAGCGCCUGUCCGAAACGAUCGAGCGUGGCGAGAAGGAGCAAAGGGCCAAUGCAGAGAAAAUCAUGUUCAUGCAGCGCAAGCUCAAGUCGCUCGAGGAUCAACUGAUGCUUGCCCAGCAGACCACCGAAGAGAAGGUUUCUCGCCACGAGAAUGAGAUCCGUGGCCUGAAGGAGAGCCACAACGUGCAGCUUCAACGCAUAAGGGAGGGAAUUCGCUCACCACGACGCUUUGAGCCCCACUCCCCCAUCUCGCAACUCUUCGCCGGCUCGACUAAAGCACCCCAGCUCAUUUCCACAACAUCCGGCACGGCAAUGACCGUAUCAGAGGACUCCAAGAUGGAGUUCCUUAAGCAGAAGGUCGGCGAGCUCGAGGCUGCUCUCGUCGAAGCGGAUAGACAGAUGGAAGAAGUCGUUGGUCGCAUGAACAUCGCACAAAUCCAGGUUAUGGAGCUGCAGAACGAGAGGGAGGAGGCAGUGCGCGAGACGAAGCGCCUACAGCACCGGAUUGAGCAGGAGAAGGCACGGGCGUUGGAAGUUCGAUAA